UACAGGGGCCACUCCAGCGCUGCCCUACCCCCGUGCCGUCAUUCGCACCAGGGCACCGUGGGCACGACAUGCUGCCGGCUCAGGAUGGUCAUGCCCAACCCCCGCUUUGCCCGGGGGUCGAUGACUCCAGGGCCAUGUGAAAUUGGGCCCAGGUAACCGGAGCAAGGAGCAGCACAAGCCCCGGCCCCUCUGGGGAACAAGGUUCAGUGGGGGGGUGGGGAAGCGAUCACAGGUGUUGGGCCAAAUCCUCAGGGGACGUAAACCAGCCCCGCUCCAUCGAAUUCAGUGAUGCCGUUGUCCAGCCACUCAGGAGCAGGCCCGUCGCUCCGGUGGGUUUCGCAAAGAGGUGAUUUCUCAACCCGGCAGAGCGAGGGGGCAGUUCCCAGAAGGAGCCCCAAGGCCGCCCCUUCCCCGCUCUCAAGGCCGAUGGGCUGGCUAACGGGACCGGACUAUAAAGAGCCAGCCCCGGGCAUGCACAGGACAGUGUCCCGGCGGUGAGGAGCGGCCAGAGACGAGACUCAGCCAGGUGGAAUCGCAGUCAGGGAAAGGAUGGGCCACUUGGGGAUCGCCCUGCUGGCUGCGCUCAUGUCCUCCCUUCCCUGCUGGCUGGGAGCCCCCUGCCCACCCGUGCCCACCCCCAGCAACAUCACACAAUUCGUCUGCACCUCCCCGUCCCUCAGCAGCUUCCCGACCGGCUUCCCUGAGGAGACGCUGAUGAUCUCCGUGGAGUUCACCAACCUCUCCAGCAUCGGCCCCGACGCCCUGCAGAAGCUCCCCAAGCUCCGAGAGCUGCACCUCUCCAGCAAUCAGUUAAGGAGCCUCCCCGGCAGCCUCUUCCGGGAUCUGCCAGCGCUGCGGGUCUUGGAUCUCACCAACAACCUCCUGGAAGACCUGCCCCCAGAGAUCGUGGACUCCUAUAGCCCUCUGCAGCACCUGGUUCUGAAUGGGAACAGGCUGGGGGCCUUGGAACCAGCGUGGUUCCAGACGCUGGGGGAGCUGGAGUGGUUAGAUGUGUCCAAUAACCGGCUGCAGGCCCUGCCUCCAAAUUGCUUCCAGAACCUGAGCAACCUGAAAAGUCUUGACCUGUCCAAUAACCACCUGGACAGGCUGGCCCCGGAGCUGCUGGCCGGCCUGCCCAGCCUGGAGAGGUUAAACCUGGAAGGCAACCAGCUCCACUCCAUUGUCGAGCACACCUUCGACCAGAUGCCGCACCUCAGGUACCUCUUCCUCCAGCACAACAACCUGAGCUCGCUGCCGGCGCAGCUCUUCCGAAACCUGGGCCGGCUGGGCCACCUGGAUCUCUACAACAACAGCCUGACCUCGCUGGCCCCCUGCUUCUCGGAGCAGAACCUGACGCUGGAGCUGGAUCUGUCCGGGAACCCGUGGGCGUGUGACUGCGCCAUGCUCUCCUUCAUGCAGUGGGCGACGGGCCGCUCCGUCGGCCUGUACGCCCUACAGCACACCCGCUGUGGGACCCCCGAGAACCUCAAGGGCCAGACGGUAGCAGCCGCGACCAACGACACGCUCAUUGCUUCCUGUCCAGCAGAGCACCCGAGCCCCUGCAGCCUCCCUCAGAACCAGGCUUCCUAAGCUUAGCGUGGCUGACCCAGGUGGCAACGCCCAGCGCCAGUGGGCAGCAUGCCAGCUAGACAUGGUGAGAGCUGCGGGCACUGCCAUCUUCAACCCCCAUGCCGCCACUGGGCGCCCUGGGGCAUGAUGAUGUUGGUGCCUUCCUUACCAGGGGAUCCCAGCAGUGCCCACCACCCUUCCCAUAGGACUGGCCUUUCGAGCUCAGGCCUUUCCCAUUUGCCGCUACCAGCUCACCCCCCAGGUCACUGAUCAAAUACCUGCCCAGCUGCAGCAGGAAGGAUCAGACCCACCCACAGAGAAGCCCAUGGCCGCACAGCAUUUCCCACUCCCACCCCCACCCCCACUCCUCCAUGACCUCCUGCCUGACCCCUUCAGCCCCUCACCCCACCAUGCCUCAGAGAUAGGAGCUACCACGUGCCUCCCCCCAGCCAGCUCCCUUGUGCAGCCACACGCUCGUGUGGGAUGGUCUCCAGUAAGCACCCAACAGCUCCUGCUUCCCCUACCAGGAAACCCCUCCCUAGAAAAAAGCCCAGACAUCUCUUAGGAUACAGUCGUCCACCUGGCAUUUGUCCUUAUUUGGGCCCCAGCUUCCGAGCCUGGCACCCAAAUCCCUUGCCUGGCACCGAGUAAUCUUGGAGGCAUCAAGGAGCCUCAAUUGUGGGGUUUGGGUGGGCUCUGGGAAGUUGGUUUUAUAGGCAACAGCAUGGGCUGGAAUUAAGCUCUGAAAGGGGUUGGCUUGGAUCAGGGUCCCUGUCCUUGGGCAAGGUCCCCACCCCAUCCCAAACAUAGCACCGGUCUGCAAUCAGCAACACGUACGCAUCACUCCCUUCUGGGCUGGCUAUGGCCAGGGUUUCCCUUCCCUGCCCUUCCCCUGGCCAGCCUCUUCAGAAAGAGAUCCUUUCCGCCGAGUGCAAUCUAAUAGGACUGACCUGAUCUGGCUACCAAGGGGAGUCAGCUCUGCUCAGCCACAUGCCUGUGAUGCAUCUCCUUGUAGAAGCAAAGGCAGGCAGUUGCAGGCUGGAUAGAUGCUCCCCCUACAAGGUCCAAGAACAUGAGUCCCCCAUCCCAGGCCUCUGUUAUCCCCUAAAAGAUCCUAGCACCAGCCAUCCCAGCCUGGUCCCAAAGAUCAGGGAAGUUUGGCGUUGAAAGGAAAGCACUAGAGAGAGAGGAAUGUAAGCCAUGACUAAAUCCGGCUGCUCUGGUCAAUGUCACCCCGUCCCUGUGAAUGUUCCGGCCCUCGUGAUAUGUUGAUUGCAGCCAUUGUGUUUUUUUAAUUGGAAACAAAACACGGAAAGUUACACGUUAACGUCUCGCCGGCAAAUUUAUGGCGGAACUAGGGUCCUAAGGAAGGUUUAAAUUAAACGGAAUUGUUUAAAGCUGUUGCACAA